AUGCGCGACCCCUUCCCCAUCGCCGCGCCGCAGUGGCUUGCCGAGGCGGUGCGCCCGCUGGCAGACAAGCUGUCGCUGCCUACGCUGCCGCUGCACAUCCACGAGGUCCUUCUCGCCGUUGUCUUCUACCAGACCAUCAACGCCGUCAUCGCGCCCGCCCUGUCGCGCCGCUUCUUCCCGCAGGCCUACAGCUCCUUCAACCGCCGUACGCGCAUCAACUGGGAUGUGCACAUCGUCUCGAUGGUCCAGAGCUUGCUCGUCAACACGACUGCUCUGUGGAUCAUGUACUACGACACGGACCGCAAUAACAUGAACUGGGCCGGCAAGAUCUGGGGCUACGAUGGUGCCUUGGGCUUUCUGCAGAGUCUGGCUGGUGGCUACUUUAUGUGGGAUCUCUUCAUGUGUACAUACCACAUCAACAUCUUCGGCCCUGGCAUGCUUGCACACGCCGUCUCGGCCUGCACUGUCUUCUUCUUUGGCUUCCGCCCCUUCCUCAACUACUACGGCCCCGUCUUCAUCCUCUACGAGCUUUCGUCUCCCGCGCUCAACAUGCACUGGUUCAUGGACAAGUUGAACAUGACAGGCAGUAUCUACCAGCUCAUCAACGGCAUCAUCCUCAUCUCGACUUUCUUCUUCUGCCGCCUUGUCUGGGGCUCCAUCAAUUCAGUCCUUGUCUUCAGAGACAUCUGGACUGCCAUGCAGAACGGUGGUGUUGUAGGUCUCGAUCAAAACCUCGGCCUCAAGUAUGGCCUCGACCAGCCCGUGUCCGCCGUUACUCCUCAGGACCAGCCCUACACUGGCUCAGAAGACAUCAUGCGCUUUGCUGGUUCUCGUAGCCUGCCUGCUUGGCUCGCCCUCAGCUACCUGGCCUCCAACAUUGUGCUUAACGUGCUCAACUGGUACUGGUUUGCCAAGAUGAUCGAGGCUCUUCGCAAGCGUUUCGACCCGCCUUUCGGCACAAAGCGCCCGGAGAAGAAAGAGACGGCUGUUGAAGAGCAGACACAAGAACCCGAGAUCGAAAUUCAGCGUGGUCUGUACGCCGAUGGCAGAAAGACUAUCGAGAUUACCGGUACCCAGAGUACUCCUCCAUCAGUCAGAUCCAGACGUAGAGGUUAA